GGGGCGGGGCCUCUGCCCACCUCCGCCGGGGACUGAGGCGAGAUGGCGGCCACCGAGGGGGUCGGGGAGGCUACGACAGGCGGGGAGUCCGGUCAGCCGGAGCAGCCGCCGCCCCAGCCGCAUCCACCCCCACUCCAGCCGCAGCAGGAAGAGAUGGCGGCUGAGGCAGGAGAAGCAGUGGGAUCCCCUAUGGACGACGGGUUUCUGAGCCUGGACUCUCCCACUUACGUCCUGUACAGGGACAGACCAGAAUGGGCUGACAUAGAUCCGGUGCCACAGAAUGAUGGUCCUAGUCCAGUGGUCCAGAUCAUCUACAGUGAAAAAUUUAGAGAUGUUUAUGAUUAUUUCCGAGCUGUUCUACAGCGUGAUGAAAGAAGUGAACGAGCCUUUAAGCUCACGCGGGAUGCUAUUGAGUUAAAUGCAGCCAAUUAUACAGUGUGGCAUUUUCGGAGGGUUCUCUUAAAGUCACUUCAAAAGGAUCUACAUGAGGAAAUGAACUACAUCACUGCAAUAAUUGAGGAACAGCCUAAAAACUAUCAAGUUUGGCACCAUAGGCGAGUGUUAGUGGAAUGGCUAAAGGAUCCAUCUCAGGAGCUUGAGUUUAUUGCUGAUAUUCUUAAUCAAGAUGCAAAGAAUUACCAUGCCUGGCAACAUCGACAGUGGGUCAUUCAGGAAUUUAGACUUUGGGAUAAUGAGCUGCAGUAUGUAGACCAACUUCUCAAAGAGGAUGUGAGAAAUAACUCUGUCUGGAACCAAAGACACUUCGUCAUUUCUAAUACCACUGGCUACAAUGAUCGUGCUGUGUUGGAGAGAGAAGUCCAGUACACUCUGGAAAUGAUCAAACUAGUCCCACAUAAUGAAAGUGCAUGGAACUACUUGAAAGGGAUUCUGCAAGACCGUGGCCUUUCCAGAUAUCCCAAUCUGCUAAAUCAAUUACUUGAUUUACAACCAAGUCACAGUUCCCCCUACCUAAUUGCCUUUCUAGUGGAUAUCUAUGAAGACAUGCUAGAAAACCAAUGUGACAACAAAGAGGACAUUCUUAAUAAAGCAUUAGAGUUGUGUGAAAUCCUAGCUAAAGAAAAGGACACUAUUAGAAAGGAAUAUUGGAGAUAUGUUGGAAGAUCCCUUCAAAGCAAACACAGCCGAGAAAGUGACCUACCAUCAAAUGUACAGCAAUAACGCCAUCCAGAAGAACUUGCUGGAUGCGUUCAUUUUUUAUGGGACUCUAAUGUAAGAGUUUAAAACUAAAGUGAUGAUUCUGUAGCCUGUGGUGUAAAACACGCAUUGCACAGGCAUUACUUUUUAACAAGAACUAAGGAUGAUGUUCUGGGGUGCUGCUGCUGUUCAGACUAGCUCUAAAAAAUGUGAUUUAUUUAAAGCAAAGUAAUUGGAGGGGUGAGGAGAAGAAAAAGGCCCACAAAGAAACUGCUACAUUUGUAGUCUUAUCAACAUUUAAUCAAUCCUCUUUUAACAUCAGUUCUUCCCUAAAAGGUAUAGGUAUAAAAAUUUGUGUCAGUAAUGACUGCAGGUAACUUGUAUGUGAUGGAUUUGAGGUAACUUAAAUUUUGGUUCAGUAAGCAGGGAAUGCAACUGUUACAUUAGAGCUGCUAUACCACACUCAAAGUAUCUUGCUACCUACUGUAACCAACUAAUGCCAAAAGACUGAUUUUUGUAAUAAAAUUACAGAUAUAUCUAAAAACA